GAAAGUGUGCGCACCUGGCACAAUCAAUCACCCCUCUCUGUCGACAUCCACCAUUGAAGCAUCCGAUCGAAGCUAAUCUUCCAUGGCUGGUGACAGGGUUCCUCACUGAUCAAGAAGAACCCUAAUGAGAUGUCAUGAUCUGUCCCCAUUAUUUGUUGAUCUUGAAACAUAAGAGAGAGAGAGAGAGGGGGAACUUUGGAUUACAGGUUUUUGUUGCAGUAAAAUAGGAUUUAAAAAGUGAGAUAGAAAAGGGGUGUGUGUGUAUGUGUUUGAGAAAUGCCAAGCGUUGCUGUGAAAUUAUACAGUGUGUUUUUCAAAUUGAUAUUAAAGCGACGGUUACAGAAUCGAAUCCAGAACCCUAAUUUGAACGAUGAGAACAGCUCAUUCGGCGUUACAUCCCGUCCCGAAGAGUCGAUUGCGGCCGCUAAUCCUUCGUUCACUGACGGUGUAGCCACCAAAGACAUCCACAUAGAGACUUCUACCUCCCUUGCCCUCCGUAUCUUCCUCCCUGAAACUUGUCUUGUCUCCACGGAUCCCCAUUCUAAAGCUAGGGUUACGGCUAAGAGACCCGGAUCUCAGAGGGACUCAACUCCAACCAACUCGAGUUGUGGUAUUCCCCGGCGUAACAGUUAUGGUUCCGCUGAGGCAGCAGCAGCAGCUCUUUCUCCAAUCAAUCGGAGGAAUAGUUAUGGAAAUGGUCUCAGUACUGAUGAUAUCAGCUUGAAAUUGGAGAAUGGCGUGUACGGAGGUUAUUCUCCUUUUACUCGCCGAUGUCGGAAACUGCCAGUGAUGGUUCAGUUUCAUGGAGGAGGGUUUGUGGCAGGGAGCUGUGAUUCUGUGGCCAACGAUUUCUUUUGUCGGCAGAUUGCUAAAGUGUGUGAUGUGAUCGUUUUGGCGGUUGGAUAUAGGCUAGCGCCUGAGAAUAAGUAUCCAGCAGCCUUUGAGGAUGGGAUGAAGGCUCUGCAUUGGCUCGCCAAGCAAGUGAAUUUGGCAGAAUGUAGCAAAUCAUCAGGGAGAACGCCUGAGUCGAAAAAGUCGGAUUCUCAAGGGCAAAUCAUGGAUGCAUUCGGGGCUUCUUUGGUAGAGCCAUGGCUAGCUGCCCAUGGAGAUCCAUCAAGAUGUGUUCUUCUUGGAGUGAGCUGUGGUGCAAACAUUGCUGACUAUGUGGCCCGCAAAUCUGUAGAAGCUGGCAAACUAUUGGACCCAGUUAAGGUGGUGGCUCAGGUGUUGAUGUAUCCAUUCUUCAUUGGAAAUACUCCCACACAUUCCGAGAUAAAGCUGUCGAAUUCUUACUUCUUCGAUAGGGCUAUGUGCAUACUUGCAUGGAGACUCUUCCUCCCUGAGGAGGAGUUUAGUCUGGACCACCCUGCAGCCAACCCCCUGAUUCCCAACAGAGGUGGGCCACCCUUGAAGAACAUGCCUCCUACGUUGACGAUUGUAGCAGAACAUGAUUGGAUGAGGGACCGUGCGAUUGCUUACUCCCAGGAGCUUAAGAAGGUAAAUGUUGAUGCACCAGUUUUGGAUUACAAGGAUUGUGUUCAUGAAUUUGCGACUCUUGACAUGCUUCUUAGGACCCCUGAAGCACAGGCAUGUGCUGAUGAUAUUUCUAUUUGGGUAAAGAAAUACAUUUCACUUAGGGGUCAUGAGUUUUCUUAUUAGCAGAAGCAACAUAACAACUCGGCCAACUUUUGGCAACUGAGAUUGAAGAGAGGGAUAGAAUUGUGACCAUGAGCAUAACUGGGCUGUCCUUUUGAUCUCUGUAUUCUUGGAUUGAUUGCCUCAGUUUUGCAAAUACAUGUUCUAGUUAUGUCCCUUUUUUGUAAGAUAGACAAUUUGCAGGAGAUUAGGAUUUAGGUGAGUUAUGAGAUCCCCAUGUUGAUUGAUCCACUCUAGCAGACUUCUCUUUUUCGUUGUAUCAAUACAUACAAUUGGUUGCAGAUGGGUUUAAUUAAAUGAAUC